AUGACGAGUAAACAGGAGAAAUGGACUGCGCCGGUGGUCAGAAAGACUUUUCUGGAGUUCUUUGAGGGGAAGGGCCAUACUGUGGUACCUUCGUCUUCGGUGGUCCCCCACAAUGAUCCAACUCUACUCUUCACCAAUGCUGGUAUGAACCAGUUCAAGCCUAUUUUCCUGGGGACUGUGGGCAAGACGGAUGAUAUGGCACAACUGAAGAGAGCGGUGGAUACUCAGAAGUGUAUACGUGCGGGAGGAAAGCACAAUGAUCUUGACGAUGUAGGAAAAGACAGUUAUCAUCACACCUUUUUCGAGAUGUUAGGGAACUGGUCCUUUGGUGAUUACUUCAAGAAAGGCGCCAUUGAGAUGUCCUGGGAACUUCUUACGAAGGUCUAUGGAUUGGAUCCGGAUCGUCUCUAUGUCACUUACUUCGAAGGCGAUAAGUCUGCUGGUCUGGAGCCAGAUCUGGAGGCGAAGGAGUUAUGGAAGGGAGUCGGUGUUGCUGAUAACCACAUCUUACCCGGCAACAUGAAGGACAACUUCUGGGAAAUGGGUGAUCAAGGACCUUGUGGACCUUGUAGUGAAGUCCAUUAUGACAGGAUAGGCGGUGGCCGGAAUGCCGCUCAUCUUGUCAACAUGGAUGACCCCAAUGUUCUGGAGAUCUGGAACAACGUCUUCAUCCAAUUUGACAGACAGAAGGACAGGUCUCUCAAGACUUUGCCAGCGAAGCACGUGGAUACUGGUAUGGGUUAUGAGCGAUUGGUGUCUGUGUUGCAAGACAAGACUUCCAAUUACGACACUGAUGUGUUCCAUCCCUUAUUCAUCAAGAUCCAGGAAGUCACCAGCGCCAGACCAUACACGGACAAGUAUGGGAAAGACGACGUUGAUGGUAUCGACACUGCAUACCGGGUCAUCGCUGAUCAUAUUCGACUCUUAACGUUCGCCAUCUCUGAUGGAGGUGUCCCAAACAACGAAGGCCGAGGGUACGUUGUUCGGCGAGUGUUACGGCGUGGUUCUCGCUACGCUCGAAAAUACUUCAACGCGGAAAUUGGAAGCUUCUUCUCUCAGAUUCUUCCUGCUCUCGUUCAACAGAUGGGCGGACAGUUCCCGGAGAUUGUCAAGAAAGCGCAAGACGUCAAGGAGAUCUUAGACGAGGAAGAGGAGGCUUUCGCGAGAACGUUAGACCGUGGUGAGAAGAUGUUUGAGAAGUACGCUGCUCAGGCGAUCAAGACGAACACGAAGAAGCUUUCUGGUGCUGAUGUGUGGCGGCUGUACGAUACAUUUGGAUUCCCUGAAGAUCUUACGAAAAUCAUGGCUGAGGAGAGAGGCCUGGAGACCGAUGAUGCUGAGAUUGAGAUUGCGAAGGAGAAGGCUCGUGAGGCUAGCAAGUCUGUUAAGGAGGCUGCUCACACGUUUGCCAAGCUGGAUGUUCACCAAAUUGCCGAGCUUGACAAGAUCGGAAUCUCGAGGCCAAACGACGAUGCCAAGUUUUUGAAGGGCGACAGCCUUGGCAAGAUUCAACUGAUUUAUGAUGGGAAGGAUUUCUUGAAGUCGACUGAUGGUCUACCUUUGGAUAAGCCUUUCGGCAUAUUGCUUGACAAGACGAACUUCUACGCUGAGCAAGGUGGUCAAAUUUUUGAUACCGGCAAGAUCAUCAUUGAUGGUGUUGCUGAAUUCAAGGUGUUGGAUGUUCAGGCAUAUGGUGGAUAUAUUGUUCACAACGGUUACCUCGACUAUGGCCACCUGAAGGCUGGAGACGAAGUCAUAUGCGAAUAUGAUGAACUUCGCAGACAUCCCAUCCGCAAUAACCACACUGGGACUCACAUUCUCAAUCACGCCUUACGAGAGCACCUGGGUGAUGAUAUCAACCAGAAAGGCUCCUUGGUUGAUCAAGAGAAGCUGCGUUUCGAUUUUUCACACAAGGCUCAAGUUACUCUUCCGGAGCUGAAGAAGAUUGAGGACUCCUCAAAUGCGUAUAUUAAACAAAAUUGCAAGAUCUACGCAAAAGAUGUGGACUUGGAUGUCGCGAAGGGCAUCAAUGGUGUCCGUGCCGUCUUUGGAGAGACAUAUCCCAAUCCUGUCCGAGUGGUCUCUGUUGGCGUCGAUGUUGAUACUCUCCUCGAGAAUCCUUCCAACCCUGAUUGGAUAAAGGUCAGCGUCGAAUUCUGCGGUGGAACACACGUCGACCAAACAGGUCUCAUCAAGGAUCUCGUCGUCGUGGAAGAGAGUGGCAUUGCCAAGGGGAUCCGAAGAAUUAUCGCUUACACCGGUGAUGCCGCACACGAAGUUCAACGGCUCGCUCUCGAAUUCGGAAAGCGGAUCGAGGCUAUAGAGAAGAUGCCCCUUGGUCCCGAGAAAGAGGCUGAAGUCAAGGCUACCCAGCAAGACUUAAACCAGCUAACUAUCUCGACUUUGGACAAAGAGGAUCUCAAGACUCGUUUCGCCAAGAUUCAGAAGGAGCUUCUUGAUGAGCAGAAGAAAAAGCAGAAGGCCGAAUCAAAGACUGCUUUGGAUCAUGUCACAGGACACUUCGCAGACAACAAAGAUAGUAAGGCCUACAUCGGUCAUCUCCCAAUUUCCGCAAAUGCUAGGGCGAUUGCGGAUGUCAUGAACCACUUCAAAUCAAAGGCGAAGGAUAAGACCGUUUACAUGUUGGCUGGCAGUAAGGAGGAAGGCGCCGUUGUACAUGGUGUUUAUGUUGGCACUGAACACUCCUCCCAAGGCGUAACUGCGGAGCAUUGGUCUGCUGCUGUAUCAGAAGUUGUAGGUGGCCGAUCUGGAGGCAAGGAGCCAACGAGGACGGGUCAAGGCACGAAUCCUCACAAGAUUGCGGAGGCGGUUGAGACUGCGGAGAAGUGGCUUAAGGAGAAAAUGAAGCUUUAGGUGGAUACCCGGUUAUGAACUAUGUGUAUGGACAAUUCACGUUGGGAGGCGGCGCUAUAGAGUAUAAUUUUCCUUUGAUGGUUGGUGGCUUAGACGAAUCUCAAUACUAGGAGUCGUAUGAAUACUCAUGUCUUCUAGUCCAAGAAUCUAACUUGAUAUAUGUGCUAUCCCG